CACUCGCGUCAGUUGCCUCGUAGUUCUCAGCGUGGCCGCACUGACUUUCAUCCUCUGUGGGCUUUGUGUGACUGCCGUGGUGAACGCUGGUGCUGAUUUGAAGGAGUGCGCGUGUCUAAGGCUUAAUCAAUCAUGACUACAAGUUGUCUAUAUUCAUGGGUAACCUUGUGUGUGCGUGGCGACAGUGGUGCAGUACUGCGGUGGUGAUGGCGUGGUGAACAGAGCUGGGAUGUGUGGUGAGAUGCACUAAGAGUUUACGAAAGAGUGGACAUUGUGACAAAGAAGAUACUGUUUUCUGUUUUUUUAUUUGGUUGUUCCUGUGUUUGCUUCCCUCGCACACUGCAAGAUCAGGUUUACAAGAGUGGAGUGAGCAGUAGAAUGACAAACAGGACAAUUUUUGCUCUUCGUUUUGCUAUUUCUGUAUUUGCUUCCCUCACACGCCGCAAGAUGGUCACAGCCGGUGGUUCAACUGUCAUGCCGAAAUCGCUAUGCUAAAGCACGCCAGCCCUCUGAGGUCCUCCCCCGGCCAGUCCCGCACUACCCCAGACGAGGACGCCCCUGCAGAGGACCAUCUCAACCUGCGGGACUCGUACAGUGAGCGUGGCGUGGACUGCGACAGCCUGGUAGUCCCUUCGUCCUUUGCACAGGCUGAAAAGGCGGCAGGCUAUCAGGUGGGAACGUGGUCAGGGGUGUCGCAAGCCAGUGUGCGCCGCGGCCUGUCCUUCAGCUCCCGCCGCGCCCCUGACGCCAUCUCCUUUAGGUCAGUGCGGAGCGAAGGACAGCCCGCCUCGCCAGACACAGGGUCGCCCGCCAACUCCAGCAUGACCAGUGUGGCGGCCCUCAGGAGGGAGGAGGCGUCGCAGGGCUGCGAGGGAGGCAUGCAGUACAUGAAAGGCGACAUGCCGAGCCUCAAGAGUCUGCUGCGGCUGCCUGGGGUGCGGGGUCACGCCAGGAUCAUCGAGGUCACCAAGGAUGGUGUGCUGCUCUCUCCAGAGACUCUGAGUCUCAACUCCGCCGACAGCUUCUUCUCCGCCCACAGCGGCAGGACAUCCUCCAGGAGCUGGUCCUCCAACGCCUCCUCCAACUCCAGCGGCACCAACGCCUCCUCAGGGUCCAACUCAUCCACCUCGGAGCCCACCUCGACCACCAUUCGUGUGUUCGCCAAGUGCCUUCGUUCGGACAUCGAGUACAAGACCAUCUCAGUGAACACAAGGGCGUCAUGUAGGGAGGUUGUCGCACUCCUCCUCUCCAAGUACCGCAUGAGACAUCGAGACCCGAACCUCUUCUAUCUCACUAUGGAGGUUACUGUGCGCAGGUGUUCGGGUGCGCCAGUAAGGUCCCUGUUGGUGCUGGAGGACGGUGCGAGGCCAGCCCAGUUAGCUCUGUGCAGACCACCUGGGGACUCACGCUUCGCUCUGCAGAUGCGCCGUGGGGGAGUGGUCAAGAUUCACGAUACUGUUCUCAUGCCUGGAUCCCAGUACAAGUCGCUGCUGGUGUCAGACAGAACCACGGCCGAAGAUGUGGUGCAGCUGCUGUUAAACUGUUACAGCAGGAGGGAUAACAAGACUUACUACGCCAUUCAUGAGGUUCGGCGGAGUCCUGAAUUUAGUGACCGUAUGAUCCAGGCGGAGGAGAGGCUGCUGGAGGUGAAGUCGAGGUGGCCGAGGGACAGACAAGCGGAGUUCGUCUUUGUUCUAAGGCGUAACAUGGCCCAAGCUCUCUCCCUCCGCAAGUUAGCAUUGCGGACAACAGAGAUGAAAUGGGUGGGAGAUGGUACAGGAGAGACUGUGGGCGGCUCCGCGACUCACACCCAGCCCUCACAACCCACCCAACCCACCCACCACACCCACCACGCCCAACACCCCCACCAUACUCAACCUAACCCAUCCUCACAUCCCGCCCAUCACCACCUAAAGACCCAACACCCAUCUCAACCCAUGCCACAUCCUAAGCCCGCCCACCAGGCCACGCCCACACCCACGCCCCAAACCGUCCCUCCCACCCGUCACACUGUACUAGAGGGCGCUGUGAUAGACUGCACUGAUGUGACGCCCAGAAUGACGGCUAUUAAUACGACAAAGCAAGCUCCUGUCACCGCCUCCGUCACCGCCUCCGUCGCCGCCGCCUCUCGUGUCCAGAGUGGUCCCCCUGCCCGCCCACCUCCGCCCGUCACCGCCCAUGUCAUUCCACCUGCUACUCAUGCUCUUCCUAACGCCCACGCACUUCCAGCAACUACUCACGCCCAUAUCAGCGCCGCCCAUGGACAUCCAGCACCUACCAAUGGCCUUUCUAGCACCCAUGGCCCACCCACGGUUACUCACGGUCAUCCCAUCGCCGCCCAUGGACCUCCAACAACCACCCAUGUCCUUCCUAACGCCCAUGGUCCACUUCCAUCCACUCACGCCCAUUCUGUCGCAGCCCACGGACCUCCACCAACUACCCACGCCCAUUCCAGCACACACAGACCUCCAGCAGCCACUCACACCCAUUCCAACACCGCCCAUGGUCCACCCACUAAACGCACCCAGAUAUCCACUCAUCUACCUCCUCCUAUGUCCACCGCCCACGCUAAUGCACAAUCUCACGCCCACGUUCACGCCCAAACAGGUACCAGGGACUCCGCUACCAACACUGAGGUGAAAACAGUGUCCAACAACAGCACGCAAACUGUUCUGUCCAGGAAAGUUGUGACACAUCCACCCCCACACCCACCUCCACCACCGCCACCACCACCACCUCCACCUCAAACUCCACUCACCAAAGCUUCUCAGUCCACUAACACUCUCAUUCCUAGCUCCUCAACUCUAGUUACUCUCUACCUCAAUUCUUCUCCUUCCUCCCCUCCCAACUACCCCCCACCCCCGCCCCCCACUGAGGAAGGGAACAGUGCCCCCUCUAUACCACAAGAAGAAAGUGAGAGAAGAGAGAAUGCAGUGAAAUCCUCUGAAGGUUAUCUUAGUUCCUCCCCUCCUUCAUCUUCCUUCUCUUCGUGUCCUUCAUAUCUAUCAAAUACAAUUAUUUCUUCCUCCACUACAUCCACUGCCUCCUCCACUUCAUCCUCCCUCCAAACUACUGUCAUCUCGUCUUGUACUACCUCCUCUUCCUCUUCCCUCCCAGCCACUGCCAUCACCUCAUUCUGUGCCUCCUCCUCCUCUUCCUCCUCCCCGUCCUCCUCCUCCACGUGUAAGCAUAACUGUCAACACUGUUUCUACAUCUGACGGUGAGUGUGACGUGCAUGGCGGUGCGUGGCCUGUGCUGUACGUGUACAUGUGUCAGUGUACAUGCUUCGUGUCGGCGUGUACGUACGUGUUCUUACUGUGUCACCUUGAAGAGAGAAAGAAUGCAACUUUUUUUGGAAUUGGAAAUAUUUGAAAUGUAUAUAUAUUCUGCUAAAACCCAAAGAAAUGUUGAAUCUGUGCAGUGUGGAGAGAAAAAAUAUGAACUUUGCAAGAUGAUAAAAAUGAAAGAGAGAAUGAGAAAACGAAUGAAAAGUAAUGGAAUGUAAUAGAAAUAUAGCCAAACAUCGAUAAACCAAAAGAAAUGCUGAUUCAAUAAACUGUAGACAAUUAUGAUGAAUCUCAGUAUGAAUGAAAGAUGAUUGAGACUGGAAAAAAAAAAAAACGACGGAACAGCAUAAAAAGAAAAAAUAAAUAAACAAGAUAAAAUAAUACAUUGACUUGGUAGAGUAUAGUUACCCCUGCGGUGUCUCUACAGGCAAGUGGAAACAAACACUGCGUAUCCAUAAAGUUACUGAUGAAACUACUUCAAUUCCAGUCAUCAGUUCUCUUUCGAAAAACGACUUAAGUAUGCAGUGACUCACAAAUAUUACAAUACUCAAAAUUAUACCUUUGAAAAAUGAAAUACAGUGAAUGAGAAUAGUGUUAUGAUAUCUAGACUUCUCUCACUCUCCUAUACAGUGCAAAGGGUACGUAGAUUGUAACCUUGUGAUGGUGAAAUGGUGAAUAGCUAGAGAUUCUCGUCAGCUGAAAGGUUGUAUGGUGAAGCUUCCCCUUGUAUAUGGUGACCCUUUGUAUAUAUAGUGAUCCGGUGACCUUAAGGAAACACUCUGGCCUUCUAUUGUACAGUAAAAAGGUCAGACAGAUACUGUAAAUAAAGGUUGUUUAUAAUAUUUCUCCUUCGUCUUGUUUCUGAAGUGGUGUUAUUGGAGAGUGUUGUGUGAAGUGAAGAGUGUUGCUGUGGAGUUGUGAUACGGUUGUGGUGGUGCUGAGUGGUGCGGAGGACAAUGGUUUAGUGGCGUGGUAAUGCGGUGAACAGUGGUGCAGUGCGAUAGGGAUGUGGAGUGGACACAGUUGUGGUGCCGAGUGUGGUAGCGUGGUGGACUGGAAGACAUUGUGGUGGUGCGGUGGACAGUGGUGCGGUAAUAUGAUGGAGUUAACUGCUGUGGUGGUGUGGCGAAGUAUGGUGGUGUGAAGUGUGGUAGUGUGGUGGAGUGUUCCGUGUAGCAAUCAAAUCACAUCCUUUCCUUCUCGCAGCUUUAUCUUGUAACCAAAUAUAUGUUUAGUGUUACGUACUGACAAACAGACAUUCGCUCGCUCGGUGAUGUGUGGAUUGACUUUAGAGAAUCUUGUACUAGAACUCAAAUAAAAAAUAAAUUUGUUUAC